AUGUCGUUUAUUAUUUUUCUAUUAUUCAGUUUGUUACAAAAAGUGAAAAUGCUUGUUCCUGACCAAGUGAACCCGUGGUAUGCUGCUCUUCUAGCUGCUGGUGGAGCAAUCGGUUAUCUGAAAGCCGAAAAUCUGAUGCUAUUUCAGGUUCCUGUUCCCUCUUUGGUUGCUGGUGUAGGCAGUGGCGCAAUUGUGGCCGCCUUCACUUUCUAUGAUCUACCUUACAAAACUCUUGCUGUGGCAGGUAAGCCGUUGACCUCUUUUGCAUCGCUUUCAACUGUCGAUCAUAAGUGUGUUUCUGGUGUUCUUGCCUACGUUAUGGGCAUGCGCUUCGCAAACUCACACAAAAUUAUGCCUGCCGGUAUAAUAGCAGCGGCAAGUAUUGGUGCUCUGCUUGUUCAGCUAGCACAUAUGCAUAGAACGAACAGCCUACAGUGA